CGAGCCAGUUCCUACUCGCCAUUACUCGAGCGUCUUGUGUUGCUCAGUACAGACAUUCUUCUGCUCGGUUUCCGGCUCAUAUCCACCUCAUUGGCCAUUACCUCAGGAUCCUCCAAUCUCCCUUGUACAACUACUAUGGCAGCAGUUCGAACUGCAGGCCCUGGUACAUGUUCUGCCCAGGAGCAUCAGCUCGAGGCGUCCGAGCGUCGUUCUUAUCUCAAUUCCGUUGCUGAACAGUUGGUUACUCAGCUUGUCCGGCUUCUUUCUUUGGACUCCAUCAAAGCUAUCCAGGCCUUCUCCAGCUCUUGCUCUUCUCAACUUCCAAUCUCCGGCAGUCCUUUGCCUUCCUCCUCCUCUUCUGGUUUGGGUACAGACCAGCCUGAAAUAUGGGCUGUACCUAUCGUAUGUCUACAUCGAUUGCUCCAGCUUGAGUCCAGACUGAGCACCAAACUCUCGACCGACCAAGCUGCGGACCCUUCGAAUGCUUCGCGAUUCAGCUUGACGGCGAUGCAGGUCGCUCGAUCUGCUGAUCACAUCCGCUUCAGGUUCCCCAACAUCCCCUUUACCUUGUUGCCCUCCGUUGAUUCAAGACCGCAUUUGUACACUUGA